GCUGCUCAGAGGACCGUCUUUACCGACAUGUCCUUGUUUGUGCGUUUUAAUCAGCGAUUGGAAAAUAACAGGUAGACCUUGUCUGUCCGUCUCUCGCACCCAUAACCACCCGGGAGUGGAGCGCGAGAGAAGGAGAGCGUUAAGGGAACAAAUGAAACCACAAUAAACCCUCACUGACGCGUUCUGGUUGGCGUGGUUUUUUUCUUCUUCUUCUUCUCUUUCGGGAGGGGGGGUGGGUUCGGCCGACAGAACAGACCGACCGCCGGGGCACAACAGCCGGGUUCAGUCGCAACGUGUUUUGUUACUGAGUGUCACCGCAGUAGUCGCGCUGUGUGUUUUCUAUGAGCCGGGGGCUGAUUUCAUGGGGCUGCAGUCAGCCAGCCUCGCCGCCUCCGGACAGCUGAUCGCCGCGAUUCACGCUCGGAUUUAGACCCACCAGAGACGACAUUGUGGAUAUGGAAUGGUGCAUGCCGCUGGGCCAAGUUUUCAGCCUCUGAAAAACACCGGAAUCAUGGACAGUCAUCCGCUCUGCACCCGACUUUGUCCACACGCUCUGGACAAAGAAGAGGGCGUCGAGAGACCAGGUCCGGUCACGCUCAACCCUCGGCACAUGAGGAAGGCGUUCAAAGUCAUGAACGAGCUGCGCAGCCAGAGCUUGUUGUGCGACGUGACCAUAGUGGCGGAGGAUGUAGAGAUCUCUGCUCACAGGGUGGUUCUGGCUGCUGGGAGCCCGUACUUCCACGCUAUGUUCACAGGUGAGAUGGCAGAGAGCCGGGCGAAGCGAGUGAGGAUUAAGGAGAUGGACGGUUGGACUCUGGGCCUGCUGGUCGACUACAUCUACACAGCAGAGAUACAAGUCACAGAGGAUAACGUGCAGGCAUUGCUGCCUGCAGCCGGCCUGCUCCAGCUAAACGAGGUGAAAAAGGCUUGUUGUGAGUUCUUGAGCUCUCAGCUUCAUCCAUCCAACUGUCUGGGGAUACGAGCGUUCGCUGAUCUACACGCCUGCUCUCAGCUGCUCACACAAGCCAACAGCUACGCAGAGCAACAUUUCACCGAGGUGGUUGGGAGUGAAGAGUUCCUCAAUUUGGGCAUGGAGCAAGUGUCCAGCCUGAUCGCCAGCGACAAGCUCACCAUCCCCACAGAGGAGAAGGUGUUUGAGGCGGUGAUAGCUUGGGUCAACCACGAUAAAGAUGUCCGGCAGGAACACUUGGCCCACCUGAUGGAACACGUUCGCCUGCCGCUUCUCUCCAGAGAAUACCUGGUGCAGCGGGUGGAGGAGGAGUCUCUGAUUAAGAACAGCAGUGCGUGUAAAGACUACCUCAUCGAGGCCAUGAAGUACCACCUGCUGCCAGCUGACCAGAGAGCUCUGAUGAAAACUGCACGCACACGCAUGAGGACUCCGGCCUGCUGUCCGAAGGUGAUGGUUGUGGUUGGAGGCCAGGCUCCCAAGGCCAUCCGCAGUGUUGAAUGUUACGACUUUGAGGAGCAGCGAUGGUACCAGGUGGCCGAACUCCCGACCAGGAGGUGCAGAGCAGGUGUGGUGUACGUGGGCGGGUGUGUGUAUGCAGUCGGUGGAUUCAACGGUUCUUUACGCGUCCGGACGGUCGACUGUUACGACCCGAUGAUGGACCGCUGGACGAGCGUGAGCAGCAUGCAAGACCGGCGCUCAACACUCGGGGCCGCUGUGCUCAACGGACUCCUGUACGCCGUGGGGGGCUUCGACGGCAGCACAGGUCUGUCGACAAUCGAGGCGUACAACGCGAAGACAGACGAGUGGUUCCAUGUGUUGCCCAUGAGUACCCGACGAAGCAGUGUCGGCGUGGGUGUUGUCAAUGGGAUCCUGUAUGGAGUUGGAGGCUAUGAUGGUGCGACCAGACAAUGUCUGAGUACAGUGGAAGCUUACAACCCUAAAAGCAACGCAUGGAGCUACAGUGCAGAGAUGGGCACGAGACGCAGUGGAGCAGGUGUCGGUGUGUUAAAAGGUUUACUGUAUGCUGUGGGGGGUCAUGAUGGGCCACUGGUGAGGAAGAGCUGUGAAGUUUAUGACCCGGCCUCGAACAGCUGGCGGCAGGUAGCUGACAUGAACAUGUGUCGACGCAACGCAGGUAUGUGUGCUGUGAACAACGUACUGUAUGUGGUGGGAGGAGACGACGGCAGCUGCAAUUUGGCCUCUGUGGAGUUCUACAAUCCAAACUCGGACAAGUGGACUCUACUACCGACCUGCAUGAGCACAGGACGCAGUUAUGCAGGUGUGACUGUGAUUGACAAGCCCUUAUGACUGCUCUUGACACUUGCCACUGAUUUGAAGCAGAACGUAUUCUCCUGCUGAAUACUGAUCUUGGAUCUGUCUACGAUGCCGUUGCUUGGAUGAUGUUGGGCGGCAUUGGCACAGGCACUGACGAAGACGAAGAAAAAUGACAAGAUUGUUGUUGAGGACGAAGAUUUUUUUGCACUUACCUGAAAGGGGGAGCUGUAACAAACGGAGGGGAAUCGAACCCGUGUUUGAAUCCCCUCCCGGCAGGACUGCCGCUGGCGACUGGACAAAGCAGUUUGAAGCACCACUGCAGUGUCAUUGAAACGCUGCUGAUGUGAAACUACUAAGCUCCUUUAACAUGAGUAAUGUUAACAUGAACCAGCUCUGAGAGAGACCACUGAUCCAAUAUGGGAGAGGAAGGCCGAGAAGGACCAUUUGGGACUGAAGUCUUUGUUUCUCCUUUUGUUUUUAUUGUGUGUGUGUGUGUGUGUGUGUGUGUGUGUGUGUGUGUGUGUGUGUGUGUGUGUGUGUGUGUGUGUGUGUGUGUGUGUGUGUGUGUGUGUGUGUGUGUGUGUGUGUGUGUGUGUGUGUGUGUGUGUGUGCACGCCUGCAUUUAAAGGUGCUCCUUUGCUUACACAUGUGAGCAUGUGCGUUUGUGUGCAUCUGAGUCUCUGUGUGUGGUGACGCCUGGUCCGACGCCGCAUGAACGCACUCUGUCUGACCUCUGACCUUUUUACAGUGUUGCAGUGUGGCUGUUCAAGAGUGCCUGAAUGUCAAAUUCCAGCCCCUCUCCUUCCCCGUUGUUAUGCCUCAAGUACUGUUACUGGACAGGGCGCAACUGUUCCCGGGGAUUACAUUCGAGAACCCACUCCAGAUCGAUGAUGAUGUGUCGGUCGCGUCAGCCCGCAUGAAUUCAGAACGGCGACGCGAGAAGCAUUUGCAGAAAAUGUACAUUUCUUCUUUAAAACAAACAAACAAAAAGUUGACUUUAACUGGAACACCUCCCUUCUGGCGGAGGAGAGGAGUCAUCCAUGUUGCCAAAAAACAGUGAUAGGCCGAGGGAGAAGCUGUUUGAGAUGAAAAACAGCUGGAUGUAUGUAUCAGUGCUUUACUGUCACCCCGGCAGCCAUCUUUGUUGUGGUUGUAGCCACUAAUGACAACGACAGCCUGAACUCGCUGCAUGGUCCCUAAACUCGAACCUCCUAUCCUUCAACGGUUCCCUCUUCCUCCUUCGGUGUAGCAACCCUAUUAACUUCUGCACACCCUGACGUACUAUGAAUGUGCCAAUUUGAAUAUGUCUCUUCAUUUCUGUCUCUUUACUACUUUUACUAAUCUGUUCUCUCUUUCUGGAAAGUGACCAAACCUACUCUUGAUUUUCUGUUCUUUCUCUUCCCUCUCCGCCUAUAUUGAAACAAAUAACGCUAUAAUAGUAACUGGUAUCGCUGUUUUCUUGUCAGUGUAUUGAGGAAUGUCAUGUAGGCUUAUGACUUUGAAAAUGUUUCAUUACUUGUUUUAUAUUAUCAUUAAUAAAUAUGCUUCUUGUAUUUAAA